AUGAAGCGGGUUAUGAGGAACGUCCGCCAAUUUCUGGACACGGAGGCACAGAACGGGACCUUGAAGGCGAGCUGUUCAGAAUGUUGCGAUAGACUUGAUUUGACUGUCUUUACAGAUGCCUUCAUUAACGACGGAGCGGAAGUGGACGGGGAAGAUCACAUAGGCUCUAUGGCGUUCCAUAGGCCAGAAGAUGACAGCGAGGAGGAUUCAUUUAACCAACUACUGGCUCGCCUGGAGGCUCAAGCAAAGGGCCCUCGUCAACCACGUCCGGUUAUACGUUUGGAGGAGGAAGAUAGGAUAACCAUGCUCCAGGAGAAGAUUGCGCGUCUUCCGCUUGAGAAUGACUAUCCUCUCUGGAGGGUUGGAUGUCGGAUCGGCUCUGAGGAUGCAGCUGUCCUAUCCCUUCUCCAGACCGCAAGGGAGAUCCACCAUAUUCGUUCCGCAUUUACUCGCGGCUCUAUACGCGGAAGUAUCUACGUUGAAGGUAUCAUGGAUCCAGCCCUCGUGAAUCUGCUCUUGUCCACGCCCGGAAUCCUUCGUAACCACCUUGGAGUCAAGCGCGAAAUAGUGGAUCGGAACCAUCAGCACGAACUUCUUACGAUGAGGGAUGUCAAGAAGGAUUUUGAGGUUGGGACCUGGGUUUUGGUUAAGAAAGGCAUAUACAAAGGAGACGUUGGACUGAUUUCAGCGACUUUUUCCUGGGGCGCUCAGGUUCUUCUCAUUCCUCGGCUAAAUUCGCAAUCUGCAAAGUCACAAAAGAGAAAGUCAUCGGUACUAGUACCCCCAGCAAAACUUUUCGACCCUGAAGAAGCCCGCAAACUCAUUUCUACUCCCAUUAUUCGCAAUGCGGAUGGAUCAUACACGCUUGGACUUCUCAAGUUUGACCAUGGACUGUUGGAAAAGGAUUUCGACUAUACCUCCAUCGCAAAUUCCGUCAUGGAUAUUCCGUAUUCCCACUUCUCCAUGUUUAGGAGCACCAAUCAUCCCGACAUAAUGCGAGCGCGUAUGCCACGUCCUCGGGAAUGGUGCUUAGGACUGGAAGAGGAGGUUCUUUUUCGUACACCCGACGUUGCGAAUCGGUCUGCAAAGUGGGAACCUGCAGUGCUGAAAAAGCUGGACACAUACGACGUUGAAGCAGAACAAUCAACAAUCGAAGGUGAACGUGAAAUCCGCUACAGUGUUAGGGGAACAUGGCUAGACAUUCUCAAGUCACCAAAAAUCGGGCAAUUCGUUCGAGUUGUGAGCGGCCCCUAUUUCGAUCACAGAGGUUGGGUCGUUGGAAUCCAUGGAGACCAUGCACUAAUAACGAAAAGUUCGGUGCAUGGUCGCAUUUCCAUUGUGGAAACAAAUGCUGAAACAUCUUCGACGCCCACCAACGGAAAAGAACAAUAUCCCGUGCCGACAGGGAACGAUGAUCUGAGAAAAGGUUCGGCGGAGACAGAUCUGGGGACGGCGGUAGAAGCGCAAAUGAUGCCAGGGGGUAUAAUGGUGCAUUCGGAUAUCGCUCUAACUUUGGAUGAAUCAGCAGCAACGUUAGAUGAAGAAGAAAUGUCGAUGCCGGGAGGGAGUUCGUGUGUCACAGGAGUAGGAAAACCAACAGCAGCUCAGGAGUCGUACAACCAGGGCGCUGUGGUCAGUACAACAGCAGCAUCUAACCAGUUUAAUUCUGGGGUAGGAGAUGAUAACAAGGUUGAGAUUGUGGAACAUUUUGCGGUACACGUCAAUCUCUUGGACACUUCAUUUACUGAGCCCCUACCUCUUGUCGAUGUGACAUUAUUGUCGGAGUCAGACCCAGUCCACACCAAGUUUUUAAGACACCCAUGGACUGGUUUAGAGGUCAUUAUACAGAAGCAUCUUCACCCACGCAAGGGUGAGACUGGACGAAUCAAAGACGUCCUUCAUCAUACAGACAACGCCGGACUGCAGCUCGUUAUUCAACUCACCCGUUUUAAUCCCUUUGCACCGUUCCAAACAAUCGUUGUGGACUAUGACGAUGUCGUCGAACUUUUGACGUUCAAUGAGCUCGUUCUUUUCCUUGAUCCUGGGCCAAAAUUUUUCCGUCCUAUACCUAAGUCUUCCAUGAAGCACGUCCGCGUUCUCCCUGGCGUACCGCAAACGAUUGCGUCAGCGAGCGGCACACCGAUGUACUCAGAACCCACUGCAACUCCAGCCUGGGAUCCUUCCUCAAGGACACCCAUCGGUACACCGCAAUCUAUCACUCCAGCUUGGGACCCCUCCUCAAGGACACCUGACCCAACUGCUCAUUCGCCAACAAGUCUUGCGUUAUCAGACGUCUCUACAUCUGUUUCCUCCUCAUCUGAAACAAACUGUCAUACGACUUCCUCUUCUGUGUGCGAACAUGUUCUCUUAAACCCCAAACUGGUGGACAUCAGCCUGAAUGUGGUAGUCAACGGCGGACAGUUCAGCAAUAAAACAUUAGUCGCCUCAACGGUUUGGGAUGCAAACAACCUCGUACUCAGGUGCAAAAAGUACAGUUCAUGGACUAUGGUGGACCCCGCUUGGGUCACUCCGAAGUAUGCAAAUCGAAUACAUGACAAUGGGCCUCUAGUGGUUAUCAAGGGGGAACAUUGCGGGAAAUUCGUUCGUCGCAUUCAUCAUGAAGGCACCUCGGAUAAUCCAACUGUCUUGGUCGCUGUAGUCACCCGAUCUAAAGAUCGUGUAGACGUUUUAACUGGCGAGCGAUUUAUACUCAGCACGGAUUUCCUGUGUUCAGUUCCCGAGUCCAAGAAAGACAGAGACCUCAACUCCAAUGUUAUGACUCAGUUAAAAGACCAGUACAAGAAAAAGAUACUGUGA